GCCCACUGUCCAGCGAGAAGACCCUGGUAACCUGAGCACCUGUUGUGGCGCUGGCUUUUUUUUUCUUUCCCUCUAGACCCACCUGAAGCGAAAGGAAGAGAGGCUUGUAUCAGCGCACCAGCAGCGUAACACUCCCCCCCGGCACCACCUGUGCAUCUCGAUGAUCAUCAUGACGACAACAACCGAUGGCUAUGUUUGCAGUGUUCGAGGCCUCCAUAAAAACAUGACAUCACAACAUACAAGGGCCACUUGUGUGUAAUGGGAUUUGGCUUCCUACAGCGCUUGCAAUUAUUCGGAACUAUUACCAAAAUGAUUUCUUCUUUUCUUUAGUCUUGGAGGGGGAAUAAUUCUACAAAAUUACCAGUCCUGUCCCCUCCAUUCCUUUGCAGGCGGGUUGCUCGUCACACGCCCCCCUUCGAUCCCCACUGCCCCCAAAGCUUAGCUUGCUCUCUUAGCACUGCACCCGGCAACAACUAGCAGCAAACAGCGCCAGGUACCAGCUGGCGACCAGCUGCGCUCCCCACCGCCCCCCGGCUUCUCGCUUUGCUUCCUUGGUUGAGGCAGCCAGGGCUUCCCUGCUACGCAAACCGACUGGCUCUCUCUUGUAUUGUCUCGCAUGUUGUUAUAAGUCUUGCUUAUCCCCCCUCCUCCAACCGCUGCGACAUCUUCAUCCUCCUCCUCCGCUACGCACACAUCUACACCCUGCCCUCGGGUUCUCUCCUCUUACACCACAUCAACAAAACAUCUCUACUACGUCUACUACAACCACCAGCAAAAUGGGUGUCGGCGCUUUCUUCCACCACAUUGGCACUUUCUUCCUCUUUGCCGCCACUAUCCUUCUCCUCAUCGCCUCAAUCUCCUCCCCCGUUAUUGACGGCAUUUCGAUCCUCAGAGUCGACCAAAACGCCGGCUACUACACCUUCGGAUCAUGGGGUUGGUGUUUCCAUAACAAUGGUGGUGAUACGGAGUGCAGCCGAAAGAUGAUCGGCUACAACCCUGCUGAUCUCAUCCGCAAGAACGACCGUGACAUUGAUGUCAGCGGUGCCGGUGAAAACACCUCCAAGGCUCUUACUCGCGUCAUGGUCCUCCACGCCGUCGGCUGCGUCUUGUCCUUCAUUGGCUUCAUUCUCGCCAUCGGCCGUGGUACUGCCACCAACUUCCUCUCCUCUCUCCUCUCUGGCGUCGCCUUUGUUGUCACCAUCAUUGUCCUGGCCACCGACUUUGCUGGUAUGGCCAUCAUCCACCACGAUGCCAACGACAGCAACAACAGCUCUGCCUCCUACGGCUCUGCCAUCUGGUGCGUUGUUGGCGCUGCUAUUGCUCUCUUCUUCGCUACCAUCCUCCUCUUCCUCACCUGCUGCGCCGGCCGCCGCAAGAACAAGCACUCCGACACCGAGAACAAGGUCGAGGCUGCUCGCGCUUCUCGCCGCUUCAACUUUGGCCGCAAGAAGGCCGCCGCUGUCUAAGCGCCCCUUUUGCGUCUACUAAUGCCAAUCAACGACUAGCAAUGCGACCCUGUGUGUAUACAGACCAGUCGCAACGGAAAUAUGAUGUGUAAUGGCUCCAUACCAUGGUUUAUGCUUUUUGGCUCGAUCCUAUGAUACCUCGAUAACACACCUUCUGUACUAUCAGCACGCUGUUGUGAUAUCCACUUUGAUUUUGUUUACUACACUAAUGAUCCUAUACCUAAUACAUUCACAUGCAUAUACUUU